AGUUUGGUCCAACUUCAAGAUGGCCGACGUGUGAAGAAAAAAGUGAUCGGGAAUACGCGAUUUUUGUUGUAAAUGGUUUUACAACAUUUGUUGAUCACCCGAAACGCUGGUAGACUGUGGAAAGUUCUGUCCGGACUUUACAUCAGGCAGCAGUACCUGAGAAGAAACCAGAGCAUCCUCAGAAGACUAGUUACACAGCGGGUUUCUCAGGUAUCUCGCCAUAACCAGACCAUGGCCAGCAGCAGCACACAGAAUAAGAAGCUGAUGGUCCUGGAUGUGGACUGUGGAUGUGAUGAUGCUCAGGCAAUCAUGCUGGCUCUCACACGCCCAAAUGUUCAGGUGCUGGGGAUCACCUGUGUGGCAGGUAACGUCGGUGUGGACCAGGUGUGUAGGAACGCCCUCAGGGUUCUCAAGGUGUUCGGGAGACUCGAUGUGCCUGUGUUCAGAGGAGCAGAUGUUCCCAUCCUGGGUAAUCACGUGGACGCGCGGUACUGGCACGGGCAGGACGGCAUGGGGGACGUCCCCGACCCUGACCCCCCCGGAAUGGAGUUGGUACAGUCUGAACAUGCAGUCACUGCCCUACUGAGGCUGUCCAAAGAGCACCCAGGUGAGAUCACCCUUGUUGCCGUGGCGCCGCUCACCAACCUCGCCCUGGCUGUUAGGAUGGACCCAGAAUUCCCUGCACGGCUGAAGGAGCUGGUCAUCAUGGGGGGAAACAUCAAUGCCAGAGGACGUGUGACGCCAACGGCAGAGUUCAACUUUGCGUACGACAGCGAGGCGGCUCACAUGGUCCUGCACAGCUUUACGUGUCCCGUUACAGACUUACCGUACGAGAUUUGUCGCUUCAGCGCUCACUGUGGCAUUUCAUGGGAUGAGUGGGACAAGAUCAUGGCCAUCCCCACGGAGCGCGGAAAGUUCCACGCCUCGAUCCUCGCCAAAGGCGUUGCACGCGAGAAAGCCCAGAAAGUGUUCUCCGACUUCUAUCACUCCUGCGAUCCGUUCGCGCUGAUGGUCGCAGCACGUCCCGACAUCGUUCUCGAGUCGGAAGACGUCUACGCCACGGUGGAGCUACGCGGGGAGGUCACGCGGGGUCAGAUGGUGUGCGACUACCGAGGAAUCUGGAAGAAGGAACCAAAUAUCAGGAUAGUGAAGAAAGUCGACAUGCAGGCGGCAAAACAGAUGUUCUGGGAUGCCUUUCAGUAAUGCCUACAGCGCUUUAGCCAGCGUUUUUCCAUCAAUUGACGGAAAUUUUAAAACCAAUCCGUCAACUUUGACUGACAAAAAUCUGAUAAAACCUCCUUGGUGGAAGCUACAGGCUGCUUGGGGACGCCGU